AAGGACGCGGCGAAGGAGGCCGUGUCGAUCCUGGGGCUGUCAUUGCCGAUGAUCAUGACGGGGCUCAUCCUCUACGUCCGUCCGAUGAUCUCCAUGCUGUUCCUCGGCCGGCUCGGCGAGCUGGCCCUCGCCGGCGGGUCCCUCGCCAUGGGUUUUGCCAACAUCACGGGGUACUCGGUCCUGUCUGGCCUUGCAUCGGGUAUGGAGCCCGUGUGCGGCCAGGCUGUCGGCGCCAAGAACCUGCCCCUCGUCGGCGCCACCAUGCAGCGCAUGGUGCUCUUCCUCCUCGCCGUCUCCGUCCCCGUCGCCUUCCUCUGGACGCAGAUGGAGCCGCUCCUCCUGCUGUGCGGCCAGGAGGCCGCCGUCUCCGCCGCGGCGCAGCGCUACAUUCUCUUCUGCGUCCCGGACCUCCUCUUUCAGUCCUUCCUCCACCCGCUCCGCAUCUACCUCCGCACGCAGUCCAUCAACCUCCCUAUCACCACAUGUGCCAUGAUCGCCGUCGCCGUCCACCUCCCCAUCAACUAUUUUCUUGUAUCGGUCCUUGGGCUCGGCAUCGAAGGUGUCGCACUCGCCUCCGCCUGGACCAACCUCAACCUCGUGCUCUUCCUCCUCGCCUACGUCUACGUCUCCGGUGUGCACCGUGACACCGGCGGCUUCUCGCUGUCUUACAAGCUCUUCAAGGACGACGUUGCCGGGUGGGUGCGGUUGGGCCGGCUCGCCGUCGAGAGCUGCAUCAGCGUGUGCCUAGAGUGGUGGUGGUACGAGAUCAUGAUUCUUCUCUGCGGACUCCUGGCAAACCCGGAGGCCACCGUCGCGUCCAUGGGGGUGCUCAUCCAGACCACGUCACUGCUCUACAUCUUCCCGUCGUCGCUCAGCUUCGGCGUGUCCACGCGGGUCAGCAACGAGCUCGGCGCGAACCGUCCGGCCGCCGCGCGCGCCGCGGCUACCGCGGGGAUCUCUCUGAGCAUGCUUCAGGGUGUCGUCUCAUGCCUUUUCGCCGUGGCCAUGCGCAGUAUGUGGGCGCGCAUGUUCACGUCGGACGCGGCCAUCCUCGCACUCACGGCGUCCGUACUGCCCAUCCUCGGGCUUUGCGAGCUCGGAAACUGCCCGCAGACCACUGGCUGCGGCGUGCUCCGGGGGAGCGCGCGGCCCAAGGACGGCGCGCGCGUCAACCUUGGCGCGUUCUACGGCGUCGGGAUGCCCGUCGCCCUCGGGCUCGCGUUCUGGGCCGGUAUGGACUUCAGAGGCCUCUGGCUCGGUCUCCUCGCUGCGCAGGCGACGUGCGUCGCGAUUAUGCUCGUGGUGAUCGGGCGCACGGACUGGGAGAGGCAGGCCGAGCUCGCGCAAGUUCUCGCCGGAUUGGUCGAGGACGACGACGUCGAGAGUGGCCGUGGCGGCGCUUAUGUGAACGUAGACGAUGGAAAAGUCGACGCGGGCGAGCGCGUCAAGGUUGCGGCGCUCCACGGCGACGAGGGCUCCAGCUUGCUCAGCACUGUGGGAGGCGUACGGCUGACCGGACCGACGCUUUGA